UUGACCUACAGAGACAUGUGCAAAAUGUGAGUUGAGGUGCAAUGUGAAAAAAAUAGGUGCAUAAUACCCUGUUUAUUUUUAUAUCUGUACAAUAUUUACCAAGCUCUGUCCUGCCCUUGAUCUGGGAAAGUGUGAAAACCUUAUUCUGCCAAUAAAAUCAGCAUUUGCACACUAUAAAAGAAUAACAGCCUUACUGUUCUCAGAAUGAGAUUCCAGAGAAUGCAGUUGGUGUGUGGAUGCUUUGAAUUCAGCAUGAAGAGGGUGGGACUUUGCUAGUUGCUACGUGACAUCACAGUGGGGGUAUAGCCACUCCCAUUCAGCAAUUGCUUGAACUGGCUCUCAGAGAAAGCAUUCUGACUGACUGUAAUAUUAUUGAAUGCCUUUCAAAAAGUAAGCAUUUCUGUUUAAGGAAUAUAUUUGAGAAUAUUAUUAUUUUCAUCCUAUCUAUCCACUGAGAAAAUUCGAUUUUCGCAAUAGUUCCCCUUUAACCAUCAAAACAGACGGUUAGCCAAUGGCAGCGCGCCUUACAUCCUGUCACAUGUGGGCCAUUCAGAGCAGAGCUGCAUGUGCGGGAGAAGGGCUGCCUCAUAAUAAUGGGAAAGUCCCACGCGUCCAAUCAUUAGACGACUUUCAUGAACCGCUAGAGCUGCUCUCUAGUCUUGGCACAGGCUGGAGCUGCCCUUGACCGUAUAGCAGUUACCCAGGAGGCAGGUUCCAAUGGAAGCAGACUAAGUUAGUGUAUGCAGCUGCAUCGUACACCAUGUCAUCAUGCGUGUCCAAAAGGGCUUCUUCUGAGAGGUCCAUCCUACAAGAUGAUCAUGAGACUACAAUUCAACCUCACAUAGUCUGUAACUUUUCAACCCUGAGCAUUGACCUAGGCAUGGAAUCAGUUAUAGUGGUAACAGAAUAUGAUCCAACUAUCACUGAGUCUGAGCAGAAUGGGCAGUCCAGACAUCAAGAUGAUGAAUUCAAGGAGUAUAGUGGAGUGGAGCAUGACCUGCAUAGAAUGAAUGAAAGUGGAGGCAAGAUUGAUGAGCAUAACGUGCUUCCAGUAUCCCAUAAUGAUUGUAAAGGCAAACUCAACAUGACCAAUAGAAAACUCUCCCUUCAAGAACGAUCUCAGUCUACUCCUACUUCUAGUAAUAGCCUAGGAAUGAAUGGACGAUAUAUUUAUCCUUCACUGCCCUACUCUCCAGUUACAUCCCCACAGUCCUCUCCUCGUCUGCCACGAAGACCAACCGUAGAGUCUCACCGGGUUUCCAUCACAGGUUGUCAGGAUUGUGUCCAACUGAACCAAUACCAGUUAAAAGAUGAAAUUGGGAAGGGCUCCUAUGGGGUGGUAAAACUGGCCUAUAAUGAAGAUGAUAACAUGUACUAUGCAAUGAAGGUUCUUUCAAAGAAAAAGCUUAUGAGACAAGCAGGAUUUCCACGCCGCCCCCCUCCCAGAGGUGCCAAAACAGCUACUGAAGGUGGUAUUCAGGCCAUGGGGCCCAUUGAAAGAGUCUACCAGGAAAUUGCUAUUCUCAGGAAGCUGGAUCAUCAAAAUGUAGUCAAGCUGAUUGAGGUGCUGGAUGACCCUAGCGAGGACCAUCUGUACAUGGUGUUUGAGCUGGUGAAGCGUGGACCAGUGAUGGACAUUCCAACAACCAAACCAUUAACUGAAGACCAAGCUCGCUUCUACUUCCAGGAUCUGAUUAAAGGAAUAGAAUAUUUGCAUUAUCAGAAGAUUAUACACCGUGACAUCAAGCCGUCUAACCUCUUGCUGGGAGAUGAUGGGCACAUUAAGAUCGCCGACUUUGGUGUCAGUAAUACAUUCGAAGGGAAUGAUGCCUUUCUGUCCAACACAGUGGGGACACCUGCAUUCAUGGCUCCUGAAACCCUGUCUGAGACCCGCAAAAUAUUCUCAGGAAAGGCACUGGAUGUUUGGGCAAUGGGUGUGACUCUACACUGUUUUGUGUUUGGUCAGUGCCCAUUUAUGGAUGAAAGCAUUCUAACCCUACACAGCAAAAUAAAGAAUCAGCCACUGGAGUUUCCUGACCAGCAUGACAUCUCAGAAGAUCUAAAAGACCUAAUGUUGCACAUGCUUGACAAGAAUCCAGAAUCUAGGAUUUCUGUCCCUGAAUUAAAGCUUCACCCGUGGGUCACCAAGCAUGGACUGGAGCCACUACCAACAGAGGAUGAAAACUGCACAUUGGUGGAAGUGACAGAGGAAGAGGUGGAGAAUUCAAUCAAGCAUGUCCCAAGCUUGGCCACUGUGAUCUUGGUAAAAUCAAUGCUUCGGAAACGCUCUUUUGGGAAUCCAUUUGAGGGGAGCAGGAAAGAAGAAAGAUCCAUGUCCUCUCCAGGAAAUCUGCUAAUAAAAAGACUGUUCAGGAGAAGUGAAAUGUAGCUGCAUUCUCAGCAGCACAAGGAUACAAGGAAGCGAGGAGAGUUUGCGAGAGAGUGAUUUACAGGAGGUAGGAGAGGAUGAAGUUUUAUCCUGAGUCCUGCAGCACUAAAGGUGUUGCGGUUCACAGUUCACCCUACAAAACACCUGCUGCUGGAAGAGACCUCUGUGUGGGAACACACCGUGUGUAAGCCGUGCAUGCUGCUACCGAUUAGUUCGAAUGAAGACCUUAUGUUAUCGCAUGCGCUGAAGACUGUAACGUCCUGCCUUGGGAAGUAAAAUCUAUUGUUGAGUCGUUUAACGUAUUGGUAACUUUGCCAUGGGCUUGCUCUUCCAGAGUCUCCUUCGAGACUGAUCCAGAGAAGGUGCUUAUUUUGUAUGUUGCAAAAAACAAAACAAAUCAAGUGGCUUGUAACAAACGUCUUAAUGCCAAAUAACACACUCACAAACUCACAGCUGCACUAAGGAAAAGGGGGGUGAAUCAUUUGACAGAGAAGCCUGUGGUUCUUCUAAUCUGAACUGUGCUGCUCAUGAUUUUUAUCAUGACUCAUGGCAACAUCAUUUGAUGCAAGAAAGGUCCAGAUUACGAUCAGCCCAUUAUCUAUAUGAUAGUUAUGGUAUGUUGAAAAAUCGGCUUUGUUUUCAUUGCUGAUAUCCUUCUUUUAUUUUGCUUCACGUUAGAGCUACACUAACAUAAACAAGUGAAGGUGGCUCCAUUCAAAUUAAGGAAAAUAUAUAUAAAAAGAGACAUUAAGAGAUAUCAGCAGGCACAUAAGCAUAAUAUAAGAGCCUCUAUCAGACAAGAGCCAUAAAUGCAUGGUAUAAACCAUUGCUUUCUAAGAAGGUUGCAGACUGAGUGCAUUGGAGUGUAAUUGGGCUGGGCAUAUAUUCACAUCUGUGCCAAUUGAAACACAGUAUAUAGAUGUAUUUAUUUGGUAUAUUUUGUGUAGUCUUGAUGUUAGAGGAUGUUAAGCUUUAUUUUUGCAUAAUACAGGAAAUAUAGGGAUUUUAUAGAUGGUCUGGGCAGAUCUGUCUAUCCCAGUUAAUUUCUACAAAAUGACAUUACUGCUGGGAUAGGACUGAAAUGCAUACAUUCCCAGAAGGGGCUUUAGAAUUUGCGAAAGAGUAUAUAUGCUGAAAUUUGCAGCAGUUCCAUAUGAAUUAAAAGAUACAACUUUACCCAAUAGAUGUUUGAAGAUUUAGGCAAUUAGAUGUGGGCUAUUGGCUUACAAGUCAGAAUAGGAAGUAUAACUGUGCCUGCACAAGACAUUAGCAGCACGGCAACAAGAAAUAGAAUCACCUUUUGCUAUUAAUUGAAGCAAUGUUGCAGGGCCUGAACAUAGACAAGUAUUAACUUUCAUUAACUGCAGCCCAUGUACUCAUCUGGAAAGUAAAAUAUUUGGUUCUAAUGUGGAGGGUUUUUUUUUCAAACGCUAGAAUUAUAUUAAAUAACACAAAUGAACUUGCCGAAUAACUGCUAGCAGGAUAUACAUCUAAUAUGUAUCUGGGGUGAGGAGGGAGGCUAGAUAUGUUUGUAGCAGAAUGCUUACUCUGCUGUUACUAGAUUGUAUAGGAAUACACAGAGAAACAUUUAACUCAGUACCCUUUUUACUUACAAGCCAUCCAGCAAGACUGUUAUGCCAUGCACUAGCCGAUACUCUCCACAGUUAUGGCCACCUUCCUAUUGCUGUUUAUUUGGGUUAACUUCCUGACCAAUCACAACUGCAGUGUAGCUGCUUCACUUCCUCAUCAUCCAUGCCUCAACAUUGUGCAUUAGCACAAGGCAACCCUGAAAACCCAGUCUUUAAAUGCUGUCCUCCCGUGUCUGCUAAAAAAUUAUGUCAAGGCUACAUGAAACAUAAUUAGUUACCACUUGCUAUUGCUGUUCUAUUUAAAAUAGAGGGCACAAUACAGCCACUCAUUAUCAUUUCAUAUCACUAUUAUUAUAUCAUCAUUUGUAAUGCAUUCAGUACUACAAGUAAACAGUACUAAUGGGUACUAGACUAUUCUGCCAGAUCUCCCAGUGGACCCCAGUCUGGGAAAAUUCCCAUUAGUGAUUUUUUUAUUCCACCAUUAGCCUAUAUAGCAUUUGGCACAGUCUCCGUCUAAUUAUUGUGAGAGUGGUUCUCUAAUGGGCCCUAGGAGGCACAGUCUGACACUGCUAUUGAACAAUCCCGGCCAUUAGUUGUCAUUACAUAGGGUAGUAUCUUAGUGCAGGAAGGCAAUAAUAAGACUAAAUCUGAAACCUUAUAUGUAACACUUAGUAGUGCGUGGUUAAAGAUGAUAUAUUAUUUAGGCAUGCUGAGCUAAACUCCCCCAUUUCUUACAUAAUUUAGUGGUUGUGCGGAAUAUUUUUUUAGUCUGACUCAAUACUGAAAAAGGUUUGAUAUCAAUCAGCACCUCCGGCAGUCUCUUUUCUUGUGCUAUCAGUCAUUAGACAUUAAUGAAAGUACUUCAGCCUCACCAAUAUGCUACCUUUAGAGAAACUGCCUACUAGAUUCUGAAGCCCAGUUAGAAAAUGUUCCUUUUUGUAUUUGGUACUGAUUAAUGCCAUUUGGUGGCUUUUCUAUUUGUCCUAAGUAUUUGAAUUGACUAACAGUGUUAUUAAUACCUGCCUCUACCAGAAUAUUCCUGCACUGCAGAACCAAAUAUUUAAUUAAAACACAGUUGCCAUCUACCAUAUAUGCUAUUUAUAAAAGACAUUGAGUUUCUGGGAUACAUACAAAGUCGAGAGACCGUCAUGUAAGUGCCAUCAUUUUUUUUAAACGCAAAACCUGUAGUUAAAGUUCUUUCCUCUAAUAAAGGCUGAAUGCCUGGAUUUGUUUGGGUGUCGGAUACUCUACCGACCAGUGGAUUCGUGAUCUGAUUAUUUUAAAUCCAUUUCGUCAGCUAUUAGCUGCACACAACAACACACAAGAUUUUUAGGGUAUCCAUUCAUGUAAUGUGGCAAAGUCCAAUUUGGAAGAGUUGAUUUGACCCAGCAAGUAAGAUGGGCAAUCACAUUGUGCUUUAGGCCAAUAAAGAAACAAGGGAAUGGGGGCUGACGUCACAGAAGUUGAUAAUAAUAAAAUGAGGAGCCUGUCCAGGCCUGGACUGGAAGUCAAAAUAGGCCUCUGCCUACACAGAGGCCCAAACAGCCCCCUAUCAGCCCAAACAGCAUACUAUCAGCCAAAACAGCCCCCUACCAGCCCACUAUAUGGUAACUUUCUAUGGCACCUUACAGCAGCCCCUCUGGCAUUUGCCAGAACCCACGGAUUGCCAGUCCGGGCCUGAGUCUGGUAUUGCUUGCCCUAAUGAGCAUAGUGUAUGAUGAGUGGGGGGGGGGAAAUGGUAAGGCCAUGCUGGCUGACUUAAGGUGCUGCCCAUACACGGGCCUAUAAAAGCUGUCAGCUUAUUGGCUGGUGUAUGGGGCCCUCCAAUGGACUUCCCUGACCACUAUCUGGUCGAAAAUCAGCCACAUAUUGGAUUGAAUGGGUUUAAAAUUAAGUUUGUUGAUGUGGUCCUCAAUCCGACCACCUGUAUUGCCCUAGGGCCCAACAAUCCGAUCAGCCCAAUAUCACCCCAAAGUGGGUAUAUUGGGGAAAGAUCAGCCAAAUGAGUGGAUCUUCCAGUGUAUGGCCAGAUUAAGCCUCACUUUGACUUGCCAGUCAACAAAGAUACAUAUUGGUGGCUCAUGGUUUCCUUAGACAUAAGGAUACACAGUGAGAAAAUAGUCUGCCUAGCCCUUAACUCAGCACCUUUCUUGAAAACAAUAAUACAUCUUCUAGAUUUAUUACAACAGGUACAGUUAGGUCUUUUAGAUAAUACAUAAUCUUUAAGUAGAAUGCAUGAUCGCUUUUACAUUUUAAGGAAUGCUAUAAUCAAAUGUUGUGUUUAAGAUACAGUAGAUGUGCUUUCUGUUGUGAAAUAACAAGCCCCUCGGUUUUUCACUUGAAACUGAGCCUGAAAAAAAAAAAGAAGACACUUUCAGAGCUAGAAAUCUGCACACAGUUAAGGUGACGUCUCCUGCUAUUUAUACACUUUCUGCUUAUAUUUUGUAUGUGAAAACCACACGUUUUAGGAGGGCGUCACUCGUUUGUUGCAUGCGGUAUCAUGCGAUCACUAAAAACAAAACUGUAUUGUGUCUUUAAAGCCAAAAUAUAUAUAUAUUUUUUUUUUGCUGGAAUGCUUCCAUUCCUGGGAUGCGUCAUUUACAAAAUAAAAAAAAAAUAGCUUUUUAAUUUCAGUCACAAAUAGUUGGUGUCCGUACAGGCAAAGAAAGCAACAAAUUCAAUUUGUACGGUUUAAUAAACAUUUGUUAAUUAUUGCAUGACAAAUAAGUCUACAGAUUUCUGGAGAUGUGUAUUUUGGGUAUAAAGCCCCUUAUAGCUGCUAAACUUGUAUCUCUUUAUGUACAUGUUUUAUAUAUAUAUAAACUUAUAUUUAAGCUUUUGUAUGCAAUGCACAAAUGUUUUCUGAAUUAUAAAUAAAAAUACCAUUUUUUCACACCACCCAUUAGAAGCUUACAUGUUCAUAGAUGUCGAAGAUUUGCUGAAGUGUUUAAAAAUAACUGCCAUAUAUACUAUAGAUUUAGGGUCUAGUGGUUUUAUAUUACUGCUGCUUUUAUUUCAUUUACCAAGCUGCAUAAUGUUUAAAUACUGUGUAUUUAUAUUAUCAUUAAAAUAAACUAAAUAUGGAACA